GUCCCGGGUAGUGCUGGCGAGUGGUUGGCGAGUGCUUACGAGUGCUGGCAAGUAUUGGUCAGUUAGCACUGGUCAGUUUAUUAACGUCAACGCUCGCAAGCAGAGUCGAUUGGAGUCUAUCAGUUCGGUGAUAUACUACCGUGCUGGAUCGUAAUAUGUCAUAUCGUUCCGUUUUCUACGGAGGAUCAGUCGUGGGUGUGUUUGCGACUUUGUGAGAGAGAGAGAGAGAGAGAGAGAGAGAGAGGGGGAGAAAUUGUUCGUUUCGCCGUCCGUGCUAAUCGAUGCUGCAGCGCGUCCGUAUUGCGUCAAUCUUGGAGGUCUUCCAUCGAGAUUUCGCGGCACGUUUAUGAUGUAGACGUACCCCUCGAGACGCACAAAGCGAGCCUCGGGAAACGCUUGAAACGGACAUUUGCUCGUGCGUAAGUACGUCAUGUGUCGCCAAUAGACGCUGUUCUCUUUCUCUCUUUUUUUUCCCACCGGCCACCUACCAACCUAUACCUCCCCGGCUCCGGCUGGCUCCAGUGCAUUCAGGUGCAUCGUUGCUCGUUCUCUCGCAUUCCCUCGCGACGCGGCCACCGCGUGCUCCAGCGUGUCCAAAAAAAUUGACCAUCAGACUUGGACGUUUGACACGAGUAUUUGGCAUAAGGUGUCACGGCCGUUACAUACAAGUGCCAUUAUCAGCAUCAAUCGGCGCUAGCAUCUUGUAGGUACUCCUGGCUGCUCUCUCCAGCCCUUUCUUUCUUCCACCAUAUCAAGCUGGUACCAAGCCGGUACAAACGGCCGUACAAACAAAUGACAAACAUUUAACAAGUGUUUUAACACACAAGCGGAAAUUCCGAAAUUCUUCCAAUCAUGCCGAUGGAAUUUUUGGAGCGGUUACCAUUUCCGAAUCUUCGAGUGUAUGCCGCCAUAAGCGUCACCAUACUUUCCUUUUCUAUAUAUUAUGCCACUCAAAUAAUCAAGGAUCCUGCUUGGAAAACGAAUCAUACGCAUGUCGAUGUCGGAGUCCAUUCUGCAGGCGACAUUCUCGAUCCGACUGAUCCGAGAAGUCUUGGCACGCACCUUAAAGAACUCUUGGAAUGUAUGGUGAUGGAACCUGUCUGUGUUUGGACUUUAGUCAACAUGGCUAACUGCAUGUUGAUUCUACUUGGCAAAACCAUCCAAAAGCUUGUAUUUGGCGAACUACGUGCCUCAGAGAACCAUCAUUUGAAAGACAAAUUCUGGAAUUUCCUUUUUUACAAGUUUAUCUUCGUCUUUGGAGUUUUGAAUGUACAAUACAUGGACGAAAUUGUACUCUGGUGUGUAUGGUUUUUGGCGCUCGGCUUCCUGAGUCUUCUUAGUCAACUUUGCAAAGAUCGAUUUGAAUAUCUAUCCUUUUCACCCACUACGCCAGGAUGGAGUCACGCGCGACUUCUCGUAUUGUUAGCGGCAAUACUUGUGCUAUCUUCCUUCAUGCUUUUAUUCUGCAUCGCUGCAGCUUUCUUUUUCAUAUCUUUCAAUACUUUUGCUUUUAUGGCAGCUGAGUGUAUUCUACUUGGAGUCCGUACGAUUCACGUGAUGUUACGGUACUUGAUUCAUCUGUAUGAUACUCGAGGUGCCGGUACUUCGGCGCAACGAUCUUGGGAUAAACGUGGUCCAUUGACUUAUUAUACGGAUUUGAUUUCGGAACUAAUUGUGCUGGCAGUCGACUUUUUUCAUCAUGUUCACAUGCUUUUGUGGAGUAAUAUCCUUUUGAGCAUGGCAUCGCUAGUAAUAUGUAUGCAAUUGAGAUAUCUGUUCUACGAGAUACAGCGGAGAAUUACAAAACAUAGAAACUAUUUGGCUGUACUAAAUCAUAUGGAGCAGAAUUAUCCAAUGGCUUCACAAGAUGAGUUAGCCGAGAAUUCUGAUAACUGCGCUAUAUGUUGGGAGAAAAUGGAAAGCGCUCGUAAAUUACCCUGUACGCACUUGUUUCACAACUCAUGCUUACAAUCUUGGUUAGAACAAGACACAUCAUGUCCCACAUGUCGAUUGGGUUUGAGUAUGCAGGCGAAUCAUAGAGAGAACACUCUAGAGAUACCUCCUGAUCCACAAACCCCUACGAGAAGAAAUAGUAACCAUUUUUUCCUCUUUCUCGAUGCAUCGAGAUAUGUAUCUUGGUUACCUAGUUUUUCCGUCGAGGUCUCGCACAACAGAUUACGUGGUAACAUAUCUACAUUUGCACAUACUAAUUCCCAGAUGGAUGCAAUGGCGAGACAGGUACAACUACUUUUUCCUCAUUAUCCUCGCAAUAUAAUCCUAGAAGAUCUUAGAAUGACUCGAUCGGUUGAAUGGACAAUUGAGAAUAUACUUGAUGGAAUAUUAACUAUACCACACCAUUUAAUCGAAGAACCGCAAGAAGAAUCCGUCCCACAAAUGCAAACGAUCGUGACAAAUAUUACGCCCAGCUCUUCGAUCCAAAAUUCAUCGGAUCCUAGAUUCGAUAUUCCUUUUGCCGAUAGUGGAGAAGAACCUUCGAGUCUUGGUGGUCGUUUUUCGAAAUCAUCUGCUGAGAGAGAACUUAUACUUCAACGACGAAAAGAACAUAUGAGAUUAACAGCACGAAGAAGGUAUUUGGAAAAACAUCGGAAAUCCGAGAUUGAUUCGACAAAUUCGCAGAUAACGAAUACUGAAAAUAUUGAAAAUACUAUAUCCUAGGUAUAAGCAGAAAUAAGAUUGAUUAAUAUGAUUUUGAAUUCAAAUUAUUCAGAGCUUCGUAGUUGAUAUGAAAUUGACAGAUGUACAUUUUAUUUUAUUUUUUUUCCGAAUACGAGACAAGAUUGUGGAAUAUACAAAGCGGUGCAUACUUUCUGUUUGCUGAUGACUAAUUAUUAAAUAUAGCAAGAGCUAUCGAAAAAUCUCUUUGUGUAUUUAAUAGUUAGUGCUUUAACCUUCUGAAAACAACAAAUUAAAGUCGCAGUCAAGAGAUUAGAUAUGACAUUUAGAAUAAUGAGAGGUUGUGAACGAUAUACUCAUGAACGAUUAGUAUUGAAUCAAUUACUCAAUGCCAUCAAGUUAUGAUGAAAGCUACAAUGAGACGACUAAAUU